GCGCGAGGCAGACGGCGCCGGGCGCAGCAAGCGGCGAGCGGGCGGUUGCUGCCGGAGCCCGCAGCCCUACGACGGCCGCCGCCCGGAGCCCCGCAAUAUGCCGCCGCGGCCCUGCGGCUCUCGGCCAUGGCGAGGCUCGGUCGGCGCGUCCCCUGCACCCUGCUUCUCGGCCUGGCGGCUGUGCUGCUGAAGGCGCGGCUCGUGCCCGCGGCCGCCGGAGCCGAGCUCAGCCGCUCCGACCUCAGCCUCAUCCAGCAGCACCAGCAACGGCAGCGGGAGGCGGCGGCGGAGGAGAAGCCGGAGGCACCGGGGGCGUCCUCCGCCGCCCCUGUCCCCGUGUCUGUGUUUAUGCUGAAAGUCCAGGUGAAUGACAUCAUCAGUCGUCAGUACCUGAGUCAAGCAGCAGUGGAAGUGUUUGUAAACUACACGAAGACAAAUUCCACAGUGACCAAGAACAACGGGGCAGUGCUGAUCAAAGUACCUUAUAAGUUAGGGCUCAGCUUGACCAUCACUGCUCACAAAGAUGGCUAUGUGUUGACACCUCUGCCUUGGAAGACUGGAAAAAUGCCAAUAUAUUCAUCAGUUACACUUUCACUGUUCCCACAAAGCCAAGCCAAUAUAUGGCUAUUUGAAGACACUGUUUUAAUCACUGGAAAAUUAGCUGAUGCCAAAUCUCAACCAAGUGUUCAGUUUUCAAAAGCCUUAAUUAAACUACCCGACAACCAUCACAUCAGCAACGUAACAGGCUAUCUUACAGUUCUACAACAAUUUUUGAAAGUGGACAAUUUUCUGUAUACAACUGGUAUUACCCUCAAUAAAGCAGGUUUUGAAAGCAUUGAAUUGACUCCUCUUGCUGCAGUAUGUGUGAAAAUAUAUUCUGGAGGCAAAGAAUUAAAGGUGGAUGGCUCUAUUCAAGUUUCUCUCCCCCUUCUACAUACAAAUGAUAUAAAUACAGGGGAUCACAUACCUGCCUGGACAUUUGAUAUGAACACAGGUACUUGGGUACAUCAUGGCCGGGGAGUGGUCAAGGAAUAUAAUAAUCAUUUAAUUUGGACAUAUGAUGCGCCACAUUUGGGCUACUGGAUAGCAGCUCCACUUCCAGGAACUAGAGGUUCAAGUAUAAAUGGAGACUCAAAGGACAUAACUGCCUACCACACUGUGUUUCUUACAGCCAUACUAGGAGGAACAAUAGUCAUUGUCAUUGGAUUUUUUGCUGUACUUCUUUGUUAUUGCAGGGGUAAAUGUGGUACUCCGCAGAAAAGAGAAAGAAAUAUCACUAAACUCGAGGUCCUCAAGAGAGACCAGACAACUUCAACCACACAUAUAAAUCACAUCAGUUCAGUCAAAGUUGCAUUAAAAGCUGAGGACAAAUCACAGUUAUUCAAUGCCAAAAACUCCUCAUACAGUCCUCAGAAAAAAGAACUUUCAAAGGUUGAAGCAGAAGAAAGAGUUUCCAUGGUAAAAACUCGGGACAGUUUUAAAAUCUACAAUGAAGAUGUUUCAUUCCUGUCACUCAAUCAAAAUAAUUACUCAAGAAGCCCGGCACAGUCUUUGGAGCCCAGUGUAGUGUCCAAACAACCUAAGCAUGUUAACAAUCUGUCUUCAUCUCUAAGCGAAGCUCAAGAGGAAAAAAGGUAUCUCACAGGUAGUGAACAGGUAUUUGGGCAUUCCCACGUUCCUGAACAGCUCAUGCAUAUCUACAGCCAGCCCAUUGCCAUCCUUCAAACAUCUGACCUCUUCUCCACUGCUGAGCAGUUACAUACUGCCAAGUCAGCUACUCUGCCAAGAAAGGGACAGUUAGUCUAUGGCCAGUUGAUGGAACCAGUAAACAGAGAGAACUUCACACAGACACUGCCCAAAAUGCCAAUGCAUUCUCUCGCACAGCAGCCAGAUGCCGGGGAAGAGAAUAUGCCACUGGAGGGUCAGCAGAGCUUGACAUCGCAGACUUCAGAUUGGAGCCGGUAUUCAAACAGCUUGCUAGAGUCAGUGUCUGUUCCUGGAACACUAAAUGAGGCUGUUGUGAUGACCCCCUUUUCCUCAGAGCUUCAAGGAAUCUCGGAGCAGACCCUCCUGGAGCUGUCUAAAGGAAAGCCCUCCCCCCACCCCCGAGCCUGGUUCGUGUCUCUCGACGGAAAGCCAGUCGCCCACGUGCGGCAUUCCUUUAUAGACCUGAAAAAGGGCAAGAGGGCCCAAAGCAACGACACAAGUCUGGAUUCGGGUGUGGACAUGAACGAGCACCACUCAAGUAGGAAACUCGAGAGGGAGAAAACCUUUAUCAAAAGCAUGCAUCAGCCUAAGAUCCUUUACUUAGAAGACUUAGACCUGAGCAGCAGCGAGAGCGGAACCACUGUCUGCUCCCCUGAGGACCCUGCGCUGAGGCACAUCCUGGAUGGCGGGAGUGGAGCUAUCAUGGAGCACCCCGGGGAGGAGUCACCAGGUAGGAGAAGCACUAUCGGAGAUUUUGAAGCCAAUACAUCUCCCACCAAAAAAAGGGGCAGACCACCACUAGCCAAAAAGGAUAGCAAGACUAACAUAUGGAAGAAGCGAGAAGAACGCCCACUGAUUCCCAUGAAUUAACACUGAGGGCGGUGUGUCUCUGCUGUGUCAUGUUGUUUGUUCUUGCUUCUUGUUGUAAAUUGCUGUAUAAACGUCUUAAGAAGUUGAGACUGAGCAACCUCAUGGUCCCCGGACAUGUUUCAAGCAGAGUAAAUAGUAAAAUGGUGAUUCAGUCAUGGGAGAGGAAGAUACCAAGGAAUGCUUUUUCGGGCCCGUUCUUUUCAUUUAUUUUUGGGUCAUCUGAAUUUGAAGUAUCCAAGAGUUCAAAAUAUAAAAUAGGUUCAAGGUUUUAGUUAUUCAAAAAUGUUGCUCAGCCAGCCAAUUUAGCCCUGACUCUCGUGAGAAUAACCAGAAACAUGCACUCUAAGGUUGCUCCCGAAAGUGUCGCCUCUGCUUUGAUGACUACCCCUGUGAAGCAUUCAGAAAUGAAACCGUAGUCCUCAGGCCUCAUAUUCUUGUGAAAUGUUACUAUUAUGUUCUCUAUUGCUUGAAAAUAACUUGAUAACUCUUCUGGAUGAAUGUUAUUCUAGAGUCAAAAGGCAACAUUUUCUUUUUGCAAUAAACAGCAUGUGUAUUGUGUCAACCCUAAAGUAAAUCCCACACUCAUCUAAGAUGGGCAAGAAGCUACUUGGUUGUUAGAGAGGGAGAUGCCAGCUCUUUGGUGUUUGGGAUAUAACACCACAGAACAAAUGACAAGGUAUUAAAUUUGUUAUUUAGAAGUCUGAGAAGUGAAUGCUCUGAUAGUGAAUAUUUACUUUAAAUUUUCUUUUUCCCUCCUUGAAAAGUGAAGUAAACUUAGCUGUUAAGACAAACAGAUACAUGUAGGCUAAAGUCAGUUUUAAGAUAUUCUAUUAAACUUGAUUUUUUAAAAACAGUGAAUUGAAAGUUCCUUAUGAACACCAAAAAAAUAAUGGAGCUGAAAUAAAUAAACAUUUCACUCUUUUCUGAACUGUCGAGCAGAAAAUGAAAUGCCAUUUCCCUGAGACUCAAAAAUAUCUUCAGGACAAUAGGUAUACAUCCAGAUAUUUAUUCUUUCCAUUGACAUUCAUAAAAGAUGUUUGGGAAAAGCAGUUUCAAUUUCAGGAGAAGAGUAAAUUUUUCCCCCUAAAUCACUUUUGUAGCAUUUGCAACAUUUUUUCCUAGUUUUAGAAUAUAUCCAUAUUCUUUUCAUCAUAAAUUAUUCAGUGUGGACACAGUCAAUAGCUCUUUUUAAUUAUGAAUGUCUUCAACUCUGAAUUAUCAUUCAUGUGUCUGAAAAAUAAAGCUCUUUGUUAAUUAAAAUCAACUCAUCCCAUUUUCCCUAAAAUUUCCUUGAAGGCAAAUGUCUGAAGCAGCUUCCCAUUCCCUUGGGGGGAAAAAUGAAACUAAAUUGCUUUCUUUUCAUCCCAUACCAUUCAACAUGGGGG